GUUGUGGCUUUUAUAAAAUGUUUAUUUACUUGCUAGAAAAAAAGCUCUUACGGCUGAAACUACUAGUGACCUUAAUACAGAUACAGAGGCGGGUAAUAAAAGACGUAGAAAGAAGAAAAUUAUAUCCUCUUCUUCUGAAUCUGAUGAAAAUGAUGAACCUACGGAACAUGCAUCAAAUAGGAAGCAAUUUAAAGUUACUAAAAUGCCUACCCCACCAAUUUGGACCAACGACAUGGCUGAAAUGGUAGACGAGUUAACUGUUUCGAACACACCAAGUCAAACAGGCAAUAGUUCUACCCCCUGCUUUACCCCUGGUCAAGUUCAUCAUGAUCGUAACAUGGGUCCAGGUUCGAAAAGCAAUUACACCACACCAAAAAGGGCCUUGAAGGAAAUACAUGAGAAUUUGAAUAAUGUUGUUGCUACAUCACAAAGCACGAGCUGCUGUUGCAAUCCACAACUACUCUAUAAUAUACAAUCAUUACUGAUUGAAAUUAACUCUAAAGUCGGAAAUUGUUGUCAGCGAAAUAUGCAAACUAAUGAAGAGUCUACAAAUAAUAUAUUGCAAAAAUCUGCAAUAAAGUUUCCAAUGGAAACAAAUGAGGAUCUGGAACUUUUUGAGAAUUUUUUCUCCAGUCCUGAAAAUUAUUCGGCAUUGAUUUUAUUUUUUUCCAAACUUGGUGGUAACAAUAUAUACGAAUUCAUUAGGCGUUGCAUCGGGCCCCUUGUAACUGAUGGCCUGGCCGAACAAUUUUCCUUUACAGGAAGGAAAGGAAAACUGGUUUUUGAAAAAUUAAAUCUAGCUAAAUCUGUACUAGAAGCUGGGCAAAAGGCACAUGGGAUCAAUGGGAUCACCAGAAAGGAGAUUGAAAAAAAAAUUGGCGAUUGGCUACGAAGAGCCAAAGAAGGAAGAUUAAUAACAGAGAAAUUGAAUGUAUAAACAUCUUAUGUAACA